UAUUCUAUAUAUCAAGUUUUAGGCUUCAGUCGUCGUUACAACUAUAAAACCUCAGCAACCUCAAUCAAUUGUAUGACAAAGCAUUUCCACUUUCCAAAACCUUUACACCUCUGUGAAUUGUGAUUGUGAUCCUCUAAGAAGAACGUACCUACCAAAUAAUUCAGCAAUGGGAGAAGUCGAUUCAGCUUUCAUCCAAGAUGUCGAACACAGGCCAAAACUCACCAUAACUGAAGCAGAGGGCAUUCCAGUGAUUGAUCUUUCAACACUGAAUUCUCCAGAUACAUCUACUGAGAAAAAUUGCAAGGAGUUGGCAAGUCUAGUUGCUGAAGUAAAAAAUGCAUGCAAGAAAUGGGGAUUCUUCCAAGUGAUCAAUCAUGGAGUGUCCUUAGAGUGCAGAGAAAAGAUUGAUUUGGCAUCAAGAAAAUUCUUUGCUCUAUCUAAAGAGGAAAAGAGAAAAGUGAAGAGAGAUGAGCUGAACUCAAUGGGAUAUUAUGAUACUGAGCUCACCAAAAAUGUUAGGGACUGGAAAGAAGUCUUUGAUUUUACUGUGGAGAAUCCAACUAUGAUCCCACUUACUCAUGAACCUGAUGACAAGGAGCUCAAGGAGUUGCACAAUCAAUGGCCUGAGUACCCUCCAGAAUUAAGGGAGGUGUGUGAAGAGUAUGUUCAAGAAGUGCAAAAGUUGUCUUACAAGUUACUAGAACUGAUCUCCCUCAGUUUAGGCUUGCCAGAAAAAAGGAUGAAUGGGUUCUUUAAAGACCAAACUAGUUUCGUAAGGCUGAAUCAUUAUCCUCCUUGUCCUAUCCCUCAUCUGGCUUUAGGAGUUGGUAGACACAAAGAUGCAGGUGGACUCACCAUUUUGGCUCAAGAUGAUAUCGGAGGGCUUGAAGUAAAGAGGAAAACUGAUGGAGAAUGGAUUAGAGUUAAACCUACUCCCAAUGCUUACAUUGUAAAUGUUGGUGACACUAUCCAGGUUUGGAGCAAUGACGAAUAUGAUAGUGUGGAACAUCGGGUGGUGGUGAACUCUGUAAGGGAAAGAUUUUCAACUCCAUUCUUCUUCAAUCCAUCGCACUAUACUUGGAUAGAACCCUUGGAGGAGCUGGUGAAUGAGAAGAACACUGCAAAAUAUAAGGCCUAUAACUGGGGAAUGCUUUUCACUCAUCGCAAAAACAGCAAUUUCAAGAAGCGUGAUGAUGAAAACCUUCAAAUUAAUCAUUUCAAGGCUUGAAACAGAUCAAUUUUAUGUUAUGUCUUCUUCAAGUACACAUGUCAUGUGAUAUAAAUAAAAAACAAAUGUAUUUAAUAUCUAUGAUUGGGAUAAAUAAUAAAUUUCUGUCUAGUUGUAAUGAAAACACUGAAGCUCCUGUAAGAGUAAUCCCAGCAGAAAGUGAUACUAGAACAAAUGUUAGAAAGAGAGGAUUGGAGUAAAGACAAUGUAAUUAUUUUCAUCUCAUCUUAUAUUCCAAUGGUUGUGUGUAUAUCAUGUGCAGAUGCACUUCUGCAGCCCCAUCUUACCUUUGGCUUACCGAGAUGCCACGCGAGAGAGAAGAAUUGAACCAAAACACAUUGUAGUCAUUUUAAUCACAUUCUAGUCAAUGACUCAAUAUCAUCACAUUACUUAAGCUGACACUUAGCUGCUUUAGCUCAAUAUUUUCCUUGGAUUGUAAAUCAACUGAAGACAUUUAUCAGUGAAAGAGGUUAACAAUACCC